GCUGACAUUUGAAAAUGCUUAGAUACGCCAAGACUUUGGAAGACUACUCAACUGGCAAUGUUCUUUGCACAGUGUUCUUAGCACUGGCAGAUAUAUCCUGAGCCAGCAGCAGCCACUGCAUAGCUUUUUGUGUUAUUUCCAGCUAUGUCUGAAGGCAAGGCACUGAAAGUCCAAGUGACUUUUGCUAUUAUUUUAGUUGGUGUUGCUUUAAUGUUUACAGCUGUGGUGACAGAUCACUGGGCUGUACUGAGUCCUAAGGUGGAGAAGUACAAUGAUACUUGUGAAGCAGCUCACUUUGGGCUAUGGCGGCUCUGUACAAAAAGGAUCUACAUAACAGAAGAGGAGUUGGGCAAGGAUAAGAGCUGUGGGCCCAUCAGUCUGCCAGGAGAACACAACUGUUCGUACUUCACACAUUUUGCCCCUGGAGAGAGCACAGAAAUAUUUGAAGUUACAACACAGAGAGAAUACAGCAUUUCUGCAGCAGCCAUUGCCAUCUUCAGUGUUGCGUUUUCCAUCAUCGGAACACUUUGUGUCCUCUUAUCCUUCAGGAAAAAGAUGGAUUAUCUCCUUAAACCAGCAUCUAUGUUUUACACCUUUUCAGGCCUGUGCAUUAUCAUCUCUGUGGAAGUCAUGAGGCAGUCUGUCAAAAGGAUGAUUGACAGUGAUGACACUGUCUGGAUUGAGUACUACUACUCUUGGUCUUUUGCCUGUGCCUGUGCUUCUUUUGUCCUGCUGUUCAUCUGUGGGAUUGCUCUUCUGAUCAUCUCCUUGCCUCGCAUGCCUCGGAACCCAUGGGAGACCUGUAUGGAUGCUGAACCAGAGCAUUAAGUAACUCCUUCUCGGGUUGCACUUAAGAAAUAUCAUCUCUCCUCCAAAGGUCAACUAUAUAUUGUAGCAGACCUCAACAAGACAAUGUAGACAGAAGAACCUGUGGGUAACAUCUGCAUAUAGAAACAAAGGAGAGUUUCAUUUAAUGUAUUUUUAACAAGUAAAAAGGAUUAAGGUUACCAAUUAAAAUUAUCAGUUUUGAUAACAAAUACACAUUCUUCAUGGCUUCUGUUUUGUAAUCCUGCCCCCAUGCACACUGUGUAGUUGAGAGAUGUAUUUGAAUGGAAAUGUGCAUAAAAGAAAAAAAAAGAUCCAAGAUGGAAGUCCAACCCCAAGGGAACUUAGAAAAUUAAGCCAUAUUCUUACCAUGAUGUGAAACCAUUUUUUCAAGCUGCAUUAGCAGUAGGAGUCUUAAUUUAUAAACAAAUGUAAAUAAUGUUAAAAUCAUUUUGCAGACUGUGACAUCACUGUACUAGUAUUUUUAAGCAUAGGAUAGCAAUGCCUUGUGGUAUACAACCAUGUAAUAUUAUCCUAAUUACUGUGUUAUAUUACUGUGUUCUGGCAUUUAUGCUCUCAAAGGUAAAAUCAUGACUGUUGAAAUGCAUGAAAACCGUGAAAUGGUGUUCAACAAAUGAAACAACAUUGCAUUGGAGAGCUGCAAUGACUUUUCAGAGCUCCUACUAGCAAGACUUAUCUGGGCCAUAAAGCAUCUCAGAGCAGAAAGAGGCAUGUGUCUCCAAGACAAAGAUAUUAGUAGAACAAGGAUUAAAUGUAGGUUUUGGAGAAAGAAGCUAUGAAAAAAGGAAUAGAAUCUUGGCUCCUUCACACACAUUUGUUUGUCUGUGUAAAAUGGUGUCAAGGCAGAGCUGACUUAUGGCAACCCUGCUAAAGACUAACAGAGGUGGUUCCUCUGCAUAGAAACCCACGAUAGUCUCCCAUCCAAAUACCUUCCUCUGCAUAGAAACCCGCGAUAGUCUCCCAUCCAAAU